UUCUUUAUCCAGAGAGUUAGUAUGGCUGGUCGCAAUCAUUUCAGACUUAUGGUUGGUAAGUUGCUUACGGUUGACAUGUUCAUAAAGAUGCCAUAUGAAGACCAGGAUGAGGAAAAUGAGGAGGCAAUUCUUGGUCUUGAUUCUGAGUCUGAAAUCUCUGAAGCUGAGGACCUAGACUUUGUUCCACAGGAUCAAGCUGGAGUUGUGGGUGUGUCUUGGAAUCCAGCUCUCCUAAAUGGAGAUGGCUCCUUUGAUGAUAUAGAAGACUCAUCUUCAUUGGCUCCUUCGAUGAUGUAGAAGAUGAGUCUUCUAUGUCAUCAAAGGAGCCUUCUCCUAAAUGAAGAAGGAUGAAUAAGCGAUAAAUUAAUAUAGCAAAGAAACACCCAGCCGCAUGAAAUAACACAGGAAAUGAAUAUGGGUCAUUUUUUUAACCCAUGUUGUGAACGAUGGUCAUCAGUUUGUGAAGCCUGUUGUUAAGUCUGCAGCGUUUAUUCUGUGUUCGGACUAUCAUCAGAUAGCAUGGGCGUUUCCUUAAACAACAUCUGGUGUUACACAGCUGACAGAGUAAAACACGGUUCAUUCUGAUGAAGCGCACCGAACUUCCAGCGGCUCGGUGGCGUAAUGACAUCGUCAUCAGGCCUGAAGCUAAUACUGCUUUGCCAUGUCGUUCUGAAUCCCGUUCAAGUUUUUUGUACUAUAUAAAUUUUUUUACCCAUAUGAUUUAUAUCGUUGUCUCAACGUGAUGUUGAUACGGACACAUUACAUUAACUCGUGAUGGGGUUUUUUUUGUUUGAUGUUUAUUUCAACGGCACCUUCAGUAGACCACCGCACUUCACACACAAGCGCUUUUUAAAAUGACGAAUCUGCGAUCGUGUCUGCAACCGACCGACAACAUCUGGAAUAAAGACAACAAAUCACCAGUUACCAAGAUCCCCAGCUAAACUGGAACACCGGUCGUGAACUAUAUUAUACUUUCAUUCUCUUUUAAAUCCGCCUCAGUGUUUCCAUAGCAUCUUUGUUUAAACUCCACAGUUCAGCGCUGCUCUCCCUCGGGCUGACGUCGUCCAGUCGGACAUCGAACAAACAAAAACAGAAGAUGAAGGCUUGACAGGCUGCUAACGAUAGCCUGCUGGGGAAAUUAGCUUGUAUUUGUUUCAUUCGACCGUUUGAGAGGAAGACAACAUGACAACUCUAACAAGACAGGAUCUCAACUUUGGACAAGUGGUCGCUGACAUCCUGUGUGAGUUCCUGGAGGUCGCUAUUCACCUCAUCCUGUACGUCCGAGAAGUUUAUCCCUCUGGCAUAUUUCAGAAGAGAAAGAAAUACAACGUGCCUGUGCAGAUGUCAUGUCACCCGGAGCUGAAUCAGUAUAUCCAAGACACGCUGCACUGCGUAAAGCCGCUGAUUGAAAAGAACGAUGCAGAGAAGGUGGUGGUGGUCAUCAUGGACAAAGAGCAUCAUCCAGUUGAGAGAUUUGUGUUUGAGAUCUCCCAACCUACACUGCUGUCCAUCAGCUCUGACACUUUACUUUCACAUGUGGAGCAGCUGCUGAGGGCAUUCAUCCUGAAGAUCAGUGUGUGUGACGCUGUUUUAAAUAAUAACCCGCCAGGGUGUUCAUUUACAGUACUAGUACACACCAGAGAUGCUGCCACACGCAACAUGGAGAAGGUUCAAGUCAUCAAGGAUUUCCCGUGGAUAGUUGCUGAUGAACAAGAAGUCCACAUGCAGGAGCCGAGACUCAUCCCACUGAAGACCAUGACAUCUGACAUAGUAAAAAUGCAGCUCUACGUGGAGGAGAGAGCCCAGAAAACAUAGGUCCACACUCUGUAGAAACUCAGAUAGUGCUGCAGAAGCCUCUCUGUGACAACACUGAAUCAUGAGCUAAGUACAUAAUGCAGCCUAUCAGAGCUGCAACAGCUUGAAAGAAAGACGAGGAUGUGUUGAACACAUGGGAUUCUUAAGAGUGGGAUAUUCCUGUGGGAAUGUGUUUGUGAAGUGUGUAAAGCUGCAGUUUGGGUUGGUGCUGUUUCAUUUGUCUGUGAUUGAGGAACAUACCAUACACGUAUCGAUGGAUGUGCUUCUGUUCUUGUUGUCAUGUAUUGUGCGUUUUAAUGUUUUGACUGCAGAUCUUUAAAGUGACGUGAUCAUCAAGAUUGAAAUGUAGUUGCACCAUGACAACAACCUUCCAGAGGACAUUGAAUCCUUGGGGAGAACAUCAGUCUCACUUUAAAUCCCACUUGUAUCAGAUUAACCCCGGGUUCAGCAGUGUUUUAAAUGUAAAAAUAUCCACUACUCAUUGUUCUUUGUAGGCAUUUUCUUUUGCAAAUGCUCACUGAGAAGAAGUAGCCUUGUCACAUCCUCUAGGAGGUCAGAGGUCAAGUCAUCUCAGUCCUUGAAGGAUGGUUUCAUAUUGAGCCACAGCAGUUCUCUGCAUGUUGUCUACAGUGGCAUCAUGCAUGCUGUGCUAAAACUGCAGGAUGAAAGUUUAUUGUGGGCUUCAUUAGAACGAAAGGAUCUCUGUGUGGUUUCACUUGUACAUUUGUACCCAUUUGUAAUGUUCCGUUCCAUUUUUACAUGACUAUUGCAGAGUUGUGUUUUGCAUUUCAUUUUUACCACUGAUACCAUUGUUGAUUAAUGCAAAAUGUAAAAUAUUAUUAAAUUGUAAUUCAAUCUUU